AUGCAACGCUGUGCCGUGCCCAUCGGUGCUGUGCUGGCUUGCGGGGAUAUGGGGGCGCCAGUGGAUGUGAUCUUCGAUGUGGAGCCUGGAGAGAUCUUUGCUGGAAACACCUGUACCCACUCGGCUGGGAGCAUCAUGGGCUCCUUCGAGUUUUCAGUGGAGAAGUUCAAUGUUCCGCUCAUCCUCAUCCUUGGGCACACGCCUUGCGCUGCGCUGGCAGGUGCUGUGGAAGUUCCACGGCAAUCGGGUGAGACCACGGAGAGCAACGGCGAAAGAGACAUGUUGAGUUCCAAGGCGCACCGGGACGACGAGGAUCGCCCAUCGCCAGUGCUCCUGGAGAGUUUGGUGGCUGCUGCCGCACAAGCGGAGCAGCAAUUGGGAGAAGGCCUGUGCUUCAUCCUCGCCUGCAUUUGGUCCCUCAUUGCUGGCUUCAUUCUGGGCGCUCUAGUCUUCUCGGUGUCGUGUCGUCGGGCUGUGCUUAGCCUCCUGCGUGUGGUGGCAGGUUCACCGGCCUUUCUGGCGUGGCUUGAGAUUUCCUCUGGGCUGCUCGACAUUGCACGUGCAGCACAACAUCCAGGGGUUUUAGCUGCUCCAGAUUCUCCAGCAAGAGUUGGCAGAGUGCUACCUCGCCACGGCUCAGCGAAGAUGGCCGCCGCCGCUGUAGGAGCGGCCCUCACCGAGGAGUCGGUGAGGCAGGCAGUGGAAGCUGCCGCAGCUGCCAGAGCUCUCUCUUCAAGGUUCUUGGUUUUGGCAGAGGAGCUGGCAGAUGGGGUGAAUUUGAUUUGCGGCUUUCUGGUUUGUGUACGGGCUGGCGGCUUUAUGGUGGUUUUCCCUCCAGACGAAGUGAUCAACCAAUGUUUGGACAAUCUCAGUUUAGAACAUGGCUAUCCAACUCCCUUGCUCCAUGCUGGACAGGUGGCGGUCGAGACUACCCGGGGCCGUCGAGUAGGGGAAGCAGUUGUUCAGCUGGCAGACCUCAGUUGGGAUUACGUGCAACAUUUUGUUUCUCUGGGUCGCAUUACUGCCGCUCAGCGAACCAAGAUUUUGUCAUUCAGCCUAGAAGCCACAGAGGAGUGGGGACGAUUGCAAAUGCUGGCGGGGACUCCACCGCCCAGGGUGGGGACUGCGGAGAGACGUCGGCAGCAGUCACUGCAGAAUCUCCCAGUUCCUCAAGAUCAUACUCUGUUGGACUUGGAACGAGAAGCCACGGAGCAAGAGCCGACCAUGCCAGAUCCAGUCGAUGUUUUGGGUCAGAAUGGAGAUCCGGUCCACCGGUUGCUAGCUUUUCAGAUGCAACAAAACCAAGCUUUGCUGCAGAAGUUGGUAGGACAGAAAGUUUCAGACCCAGUUCUGGACAUCCUAAGCUCAGGAGGCGCGGACAGCGCAUCAGGCAGUUCAUCAACAGGUGUGCAAGGCUGUCUGGCUCGCGAAGCUUUCCUGCAAUCGGUAGCCAAGUUGCCAGCCGUGGCAAAUGCAACUCGAAUGAAUGCCUUGAGAGAACUGGGGAUGGAUCCUCAGAAAGAAGAUGGAUCAUUGAUUCGCAAGUACAUGGAAAGAAGGAUGGUGCUUGCCGACCAUCGCCUGCUGACCUAUUUCACUGCCAUGAUUGCCGAGAGUUGGGCAAUCGGGUUCGAAACUGGGAACGUGGAGACGCUGGAGGUUCUGUCCCGGAUGCUCUAUUUUGUAGAACAAUGCGCCAUAGACGGCGGUCGGCCUCAGAUGGGUUGGCUCCUUACAGGGUGGCAAGAGCCGCCCUUCCAUCUUCUGACAAGUUCCAAGAGAAUGCCCUGUCUUCAGCCGUAUGCACGGUUAUGCCACCCGGCUUGGGUGUCAGCCAACAUCGCUUACCUCAAAGAUAUGGACUAUCUAGAAAGCAGAUUGUCAACUUUGGGGUUGCAGAAGACCAACAAGGUCAAGACCGGCGAUGCAGAUCAGGUACCAACGACUCAGCCAAAGAACAAGCCCAAGAAGCCAAAGGGUCAGGGGAAGGGGUCCAAUGCAGAAGGGACCGCAGCAGCAUCAGUUUAG